AGCAUAAGCGUUUGGGCAAGAACAAACAAGUUUUCUGGCUAGCUCUGUCAUCUGCGCUUUAGAAACUACUGUUAUUUGUUGUUACUACUUAGACUGAAAAUGAGCUCCGUACAAAUACCAGCAGGUGGAAAGCUCUACAACUUCUACGAUGAAAGCACAGUUCAACCAAUCUUACACAAUAAAGACAAAAUGGUGCUGGCUUUCUUCAGCGAUCCACAAGACAUAGACUCCUUUUACUACGAGCAGUAUGUGAAAAGGCUUGCAGCACAAUACCUUAGUGUGGUCUUUAUCAAGAUCGACGGAAAAUCCCUCAAGAAUAUUGCUAAAACGUGGAAGGUGAACGAGUUCCCUACCUCCGUUCUGAUCGAAAAGGGGGAUCCUAAGGGCACUAUUGUCGGCAGAAGAGAAGGCGAUCUGCUUAAAUUGCUGGGGAAAAAGCAUGAGCAGAAGUAGUGCCUCUGUUGUCACUAUGUAGAACGAUGACGCGCGCUAUUAAUUUCCAGAGCUAUUCAUGAUUUAGUUGUUUAGGGUUGAAGUUUUAAUUUCAAUAUAAAAUAUAUAUAUAUAAAAUUAUAAUAGCUCUGGAAAUAUAUAAAUAUCUAUAGUAAGGUUUAUGUACUGUUUGGAAGAUGUAAUAGUCAAUCUUGAUUGUCUAAUAAUAUGCUUUAUGUAUAAUUUCUUCUACAAUAUUA